GGCGUCUGGACUCUCCAGCGGAGAUGGCGGCAGUGCGCGUGCGCGCUGGCUCGCAGCUUCCCCGGAGGAGGAGCGAGCGGCGGCUGGGGAAACAGCGGCUCCGCUCUCCCGGCAAGGGCGGCGGCAGCGGUGCUGGGCGGGGCCGGGUUCGGGGCUAGUGCAGCUUCUGCAGGGGCUGUGCGAGGCUCGGUGGGGCUGCGAGGUGCUCGGGCCCGCCGAGAGGCCGUGCGCACUGAGCCGACCUCCGCGGCCACCGCGCUGCUCACUCGGGGUGACGUUGCGCCGGGGUCCCCAGCAUGACCGAGCUACGACAGAGGGCUGUCCGCGAGGACGCACCUCCGGAGGACAAGGAAUCAGAAUCUGAAGCAAAGCUAGAUGGAGAGACAGCAUCAGACAGUGAGAGCCGAGCAGAAGCAGCUCCCCCACCAACCUCCAUAGAUGACACCCCAGAGGUCCUUAACAGGGCCCUUUCCAACUUGUCCUCAAGGUGGAAGAACUGGUGGGUGAGAGGCAUCCUGACUUUGGCCAUGAUUGCAUUUUUCUUCAUUAUCAUUUACCUGGGACCAAUGGUUUUGAUGAUGAUUGUUAUGUGUGUUCAGAUUAAGUGUUUCCAUGAAAUAAUCACUAUUGGCUACAAUGUAUACCACUCCUACGACCUGCCCUGGUUCAGGACCCUCAGCUGGUACUUCCUCCUGUGUGUGAACUACUUCUUCUAUGGGGAGACAGUGACAGACUACUUCUUCACUCUGGUCCAGAGAGAGGAGCCUUUGCGGAUUCUCAGUAAAUACCACCGCUUCAUCUCCUUUACCCUGUAUCUCACAGGAUUCUGCAUGUUUGUACUGAGUCUAGUUAAGAAGCAUUAUCGGCUGCAGUUCUACAUGUUUGGCUGGACCCAUGUGACCUUGCUUAUUGUCGUAACGCAGUCACACCUUGUUAUCCAUAACUUGUUUGAAGGAAUGAUAUGGUUCAUUGUUCCCAUUUCAUGUGUCAUCUGCAAUGAUAUUAUGGCCUAUAUGUUUGGCUUUUUCUUUGGUCGGACCCCACUCAUUAAGCUCUCUCCAAAGAAGACCUGGGAAGGCUUCAUUGGGGGCUUCUUUGCUACUGUGGUGUUUGGCCUUCUGCUCUCCUAUGUGAUGUCUGGGUACAGAUGCUUCGUCUGUCCUGUGGAAUACAACAAUGACACUAACAGCUUCACUGUGGACUGUGAGCCAUCUGACCUAUUUCGCCUGCAGGAGUACAACAUUCCUGGGGUGAUCCAGUCGGUUGUUGGCUGGAAAACGGUGAGGAUGUACCCUUUCCAGAUCCACAGCAUUGCCCUCUCCACCUUUGCCUCGCUCAUCGGGCCCUUCGGAGGGUUCUUCGCAAGUGGAUUCAAACGGGCCUUUAAAAUCAAAGAUUUUGCCAAUACCAUUCCUGGUCAUGGAGGCAUCAUGGAUCGCUUUGACUGCCAGUACCUGAUGGCCACCUUUGUCAAUGUGUACAUCGCCAGCUUCAUCAGGGGCCCAAACCCGAGCAAACUGAUUCAGCAGUUUCUGACGUUGCGGCCGGACCAGCAGCUUCACAUCUUCAACACACUCAAGUCUCACCUGACCGACAAGGGCAUUCUGACUUCUGCCUUGGACGACGAGUAGAGUCCACCAGGGCCAGGAGAGCUGGAGCAGGACUAGAGCGAGGGCCGGUCGCCAAGGCUGGCCCAUCUGCUGUGACUUAGAGAAUGAGAAGCUUCAACUCACUGUCUUUUUUUUUCCCCCCUUUUUAAUUUUUUUUUAAAAUCUGUAUAUACUGUCUGUUUAUAACGUGGGCUGUGAGUAAGCUGUAGCUUGGAGUUGCAAAGAAGUCACAGGAAAGAACCAUUUGGGUUUCUUAAAUCCAGGUAUUGAACAACAUGAAGGACAGUGUUGCCCAGCUCAGGGUGUCUGCUUGGUGGUUCUAACCCCACCCAACCAGUUGUGGUUGGGCUGUAUGAGAGAUCGUACAUUCAUCUGUGUCUCUAGUUGAGGACUUUGCCACCUGAGCGAGGCUUCCUAGCCUCUAUGCUUUUGCUGUGCUUGACACCUUUCACUGGGCUUCUGCAGGCAUCUCUGUCUGGGAGCAGUGGAGGGCUGCCUUCUGUAGAACUGGGAGGGAGGGAGGCUGACUGAUCAGAUGAGCAUCUUGCCGAGCCAAAAUUCUGCAGAGGGCGUGUGAGCUUUGCUUAUAGUUCACUUUCACUGUACAGACUGAAAGAAGAUUUCAGACUUCUUUAUCUCAGAAAGCAUGAAGAAUUUAUGAAGUCUGGAAAGAGAAGCUCCUACUGUAAUAUUCCAAAUGUAUGCAGUAGAGCACACUGUCACAGACUUUCCUGUACCACCCAGCGCCAGUGGCCUCUGGCAUCUUCAUGAUUGUGCUGUGGGCUUGCUGCUGCUGUGCUGAGUUCUGGGGGAGCCCUGAGAGGUGGGGAGCAGAGGGAUUUUGCUCACGCACCCUUUGUCUGGAAGCCCACUUGUGUUGCUGCUGUGUUGUGUAUAUAGUACUCUUGAGGUGAGUGUAUAUGUGUCUGUUUAAAAGUCACCUUUUUUUUUAUCUACGUGAUUUCAGUCAUACCUGACUGUCCUCAGAGUCCCUGCAUCCUGCUUAGAACUCUGGCCAGCCUAAUCUGUCAGAGGGCUUGGCUCCUUUCAAGACUCAGUGUACACUUUUUGUGGAAUGUGACCAUGUAGAUGUAGUUUGUACUUCCCUGGGGACCUUCUGCUGCUGUCCGUGUAAGUUAUGGUGACUCUUCCCCUUCCUAAUCAUAAGUUGGCAUUGACAUGGAAAGGAGCGGCUGGCAGGGAAGGAACUUGUUCCCCACUGGAGCUGCCAGCCACAGGUUUUUAUUCUUUUCUGGGUUCCCCAGUCUUGUGAAAGAAGAGAAUUUCCCAGUCAGGUAGCCAGGAGAACACUGCCACCAUGCGAUCGUACAGCAUGUUGUGUGUCCAUGAUACAGGCAGGUCUCAGAGACGGCUUGCUCAGCAGCGGGCAGAUCUCAGUGGUUCACACAACUUGCUUUACACUCAUUUUGUUUUGUCGGAAAUAAAAUGUUUGUGCCUUUCCUUGACAUGAAUUCCGUGUUCGCCACUGUGAUGCAUGGCUUUAUGUUUCCUGCUUUGUGUGAACAUAAACAGUGUGCAGGUUUGCUGUUUGCCAGUUUGUGUGCCAUCUGUUCAUAGCAGCCUUCUGAGGUAUCUCAGGAGAGAGCCGUGGGGUGGAACCAGGCAGUGCCCAUUCUCAGAGUGUGCCCGUAGGACAGGGUUAGCUAGUCCCUGAGGCCCCAACACUGGAAAUGCUGCAGUGCUCCUUCCCAUGGGGCAUGGAGCCCUGACCAGGCCAGCCCUGGCCACUGCUUAGAUGGCUGUUAGCUUAUAACUGGUGAAGUAAGGAAUUCGUUAACACUGGGGUUCCAGAAACCAGGCUGACAUGAGAACAAGCCAGGGUGUCUUCCUGGUGAGUUCUGUUCAUGAUUAUUCUCAGGAAAACUGAGCCUUCCCUUUGUGUGUGUGUUUCUCACCCUCUCAACCACUUCAGUGUCAAAAGAGUUUGUAUUUGUGUCUUCUGAAAGUGAAGUCCUGUAAAGACGUUGGUAGAGUAUGCUCAUGGCGCAUACUUGGAUGUACACAUGUGUGCACACGCACACACACAUGCGCGCACACACAGACACAUAGCUGAUUUCACAUCCUCAGCCUUUUAGUUUCUGCUUUAUAACUACAUUUAAAUGUUUUUAUUCUUAAUGUACUGUGGUGUGUGUGAACCAGCCUUCAGAGGGUGAAAUGUAACAUGUAAAUCUUACAUAGGUGGGCUGGGAAACAGUUUUUAUGGUAUUUUUCCCCUGCUUGCUUUCAUCCUGUAACCUGGCCUGUAUUAUACAAGAGAACUUGAGCAGUGUAUUUCAAGGGAAUCAACAAAGACCUGUGUUGGGCUAAUUGCUAGGUUGGUUGGGACCUGCUCUGAAGGGAUCCCUCAGUUCACUGAGUAGCGAGCCAAGAUCAGUCCUUGCUGUUGAUGGAGCCAGGAGGAGUGACCUAAGGACUUGGGACAGAGCAUCUCACAUGCAGUUCUGUGUGGCAGUCACUGUGUUCCUCAUGGAGUCAGCCUGAGGUAGAUUUCCAGGGAAGCCUUUUCCUCACUACCAAUGUGGGAUGUCACCACUAAAGCUUGUGUUAGUAAUGUCUAAGGCCAUGUUGUCUUUUAGAGUAAUUCCUAGCUGUGCCUGCUGCUCCUGCACCCUGUGCUUAUAUGCAUGCUAUGCUUAUAUGGGGAGGAGGGCAGUUUCAUGUGCAUCCAAGGUUCUUGUUCUUUCCAGGAAGGAUGAGAAGGCAGGCCUAAGAGAGGAUGGCCAGGUGACCGGUGUAGAUACAGUAGGAGAUUCUCAACUGUGGGUGCACUCUGUCUGGAGCACAGGGCUCCAGAGAGCACCCAGAAGGAGCUGUGAGCUGCCACAGGGAGGCAGAUUGUUGGGCAGACCUUCAGACUCUUCCUCAGCUUGAGUAAAGGAAACACCCUUUCCCCUUAUCACUUUCCUCACAGUUGCUCAGCAUCCUGGUUUUAAAGAGCGUUAGCUUCUGCUCCCUGACUCAGUUUCUUUGUUCAGUGGGCACCUUCCAGGAGUGUGCUGGGGUUUAGACCAAGUGGCAGAGGAGGGCUCUUUGCAGGCAUUGCUAGGCUCUUUUGCUGUUUCCUGGGUAGUCCUCACUCCCAGGGCGAGCCCGUGCUCAGGAGCAUGCAUAGCUGCUGACCCAUUCUGUUAGAUUUCGGUCCACCUUUCUGUCCACUCUAGUCUCCCUCCCUUCAGGUUGACGUAGCGAUCUUACCUGGGCUCUGUGCUCUCCUGUGGGCGGAGGCCGUUAUCAUUGGGCUGCUUCUUCACUGGGCAGGCCAUUCUCUAUUUUUUCCCAAAGGUCAGAAGACCCUGGUGUUGGGGGCACUUUAGAGGGUGUGCUUUGGAUGCUGGUGUGUCAGGGCUUUAGGACAUAGGGAUGGAUGAUCUUGAGACUAGAAGGGAAGAAGAUGCGAAAGCCAGAGUUUUAUGGCCAAUGAUCCUCAAACCCAUUGGCUGUUUGAAGACCCGCCCUCACUUCUCUCUUUAUCAGGUGACUGUCUGCCUGGCUCUUUAUCUUAUUCUUCAGCCGAUGAAGUAGCAAUGGUGCGUUAUUAAUAAUUGCAAUCAUACAGUGCUUAAUAUGUGCCAGACACAGUGCCGAGGGUUUGCAUGCAUUAUCUCCUUUAAUCCAGAAGAGGCUCUGCCUAGGUGGUAUUUUCCCAUCUUACAGAUGGGAAAACUGAAAUAAUGUGCUAGAGAUUGAGAACAAUGUGAAGACGACAGACUUGAGGCUUUGGUAGCGCUAUAUCUGGUCAGGUUAUAGGCUGCGGGCAGCCUUCACUUCUAACCAGCUGCUGUGAGGAUUUAAUGAGCUAAGGCAUGUAAGCAUUUAGCAAGGUGCCUGGCACAUAGUAAGCACUCAAUAAAUGGCAGUUGUUUUUAUUUUAUUUUUUAAAACUGAGCUCAACGAGUAAUUUGGCCCAUGCUGAUGGGCUGCCGGGUAUUCAGACACCACACCCUCACUGCCUGGACCUAGUUUGUUGUCUACGUCCUGUUAAAUGGCCACACUGUCCUCUCAAGAGAAGCACUUCAGUGGUCCAGUGGUAAGAGCCAGCCCUGUGCAGCAGCUUGGUGUUUCCCAUAGCAUUGCGGCCAGCCUGAGUGAGGGAUGAUGUGAGGCUGUUUGGCGCUUCUGUUCCUUUCUCUGUGGUUGAGACUGCUCACAGUUUUAAGGCUGUUUGCUCUGACUUGGUGGUGCCUCUGCUGGGCUGCCAGGGCCUGUCUUGCUCUGGACCCUGCUUUCCCUAGCCAAGUUCUGUACUCCUGUUGUACAUUGCAGGGACCCUCUGAUCCUCCACAAAUGGCUAACUUCAGAAUAGAGCAAAAAGCCUGAAGCUGAGUGCACCAGCCAAAAGCUCUGCCUGUGCUCUGACAGCAUAACCAUUCUACUUCUUCCAUCCGUCUGUCCGUUCAUCUGUCUGUCUGUCGUUUUGUUUGUUGUUGUUUUGAGACAGGUUUUCUUUGUGUGUAGCCUUGGCUGUUCUGGAACUUGCUGUGAAGACCAAGCUGGCCUCAAACUCAGAGAUCUGCCUGCUUCUGCUUCCCAAGUGUUGGGAAUUAAAGGCAUAUGCCACCACCACCUGGCUUUUCUUGCUUAAAAGAAUAGGUUAGAGCAGGUGACCAUUGAGGACAGGUGAUGUGUUUGUCUAUUCUAGAUUGGCAAAGAACCAUGUAGAUUAUUAAUCAUGAGUGGAGAAAUGUUUAAUUCCAUUUUCUGAAUGGACACAGGGAAUUGGGAAUGUGUGUGCAUGUGUGUGUGUUCUUCACCUUGAUUGGGUGGCAUUGGCUAACAUGACCCCAGAGAUUCUCAGACUCUGUUAGUAGCUACUAGGAACUUCUGUUCCAGCUGUGGAGUGUCCCAGCUGUUAAGGAGACCUGCAGACCAGGUCCUGAGUUCAGAUACUGCAGCUCCUCUCGUUCUUCUGCAUUUGCCAGCCCUGGCCCCUCUUUUGUGGUGCCAUCUGAUGGACCAGGCAGUCCUUUAUCUAGAGGGAGAAGUCUGACACCAGGCCAGCAGAGGUCCUGGGGCCCUGCUCUCCCAGGCCCUGGCUAGACCCAGCUCCACAGCUCUUGGACAACUUUCCCUGAGCUCCCCGAGUACAGCCUUAGAAGGCCUAACCACACGGCCACCUGCCCUAAGUGACACUGUUUUUAAGUGUCACCUUCUCAGCCCUCUCUGCUUUCCUUACUAGAAUACCUUUUUCUCACCCACUAGGUUUGUGUGCUGGUUCUACUAGCUUUUCUCAAAGGAACACCGAGGUUGGAAGGGGGUGGGGUAAGAGUGUUUUCCCAGUGAGUUGAGUGUGCACACAUGUUUAUGAGAGUCCUUUGUAUGAGCUUUCUUCUUGGUCCUUGGUUUGUCACAAUGGACAGGUGUCUAGGGCUGAAUAUAAAGGGAAGGAGUGGAGACAAGGGAGAGCCACUCAAGUACCGGAGGCAGGGAUUCGGGACUCCUGACAGCCACAGGGACAGCAGCAGGACCCAGAGGAGGGAAAGGGCUUGGGAGUCACACAACCAAAGAUAGACUCAGACAAGUUCAGUGUUCCUGGUGGCCAUGGGGACCAGAAAACACCUUAGGGAAUCUAUCCAUCCUGGGAGUCAUGGAGAGCUCAUUGGCCCCAUCUAUAGUCUGUGUGAACCCAAAUCUACUGAAGGUUAAACAUGUUCCAAACAGCAGCAGGGAUCACAGUGGCUGAGUUUCUCAGCCUCUUCUGUCGUGUGGGGGGAUCUGCUGGAUUCAGUUAUCUCAGCGCCUGGCUGCUUUUCUGCCCUCGUGACAGUCCUUGGGGCUCCCCAGACAGGUGUGUGUGUGUGUGUGUGUGUGUGUGUGUGUGUGUGUGUGUGUGUUCUGCCGUGUCGCCUCUCCAGCCCAGGCUUCACCAGUCAGUGUUUCACCAUGUCCAACCUUUCUCUCUGCACUUAGGAUUGGUGUUCCACACUCUUGUAGAUUCCUUUCAAUGCAGUAUAAGAAUGUGAUAUAUUGUAUAUUGGAAAGUAUUUACCUUAUUUAUAUACCUGAAUGUUCCUAUUAAACAAAUAAACAUAUACUAAAUUCUA